GCAUCCGCACGCUGCUGCCGCUACGGACAGCCAGAGCCGAGAAAACCUGCAGCAGCGCUCACGGUCACGGGCGCGCACGCACCCGCCCGGGUAGGACAGGACAGGACACUCCCAUAGUCCCAUUGCCUUCGCCCCGCUCGCCGCUCCCCCACUCCGCUACACUCAUCAGCGCUGCGGAAGUGCGGCGGUGCUCCUCUCCUCGGCCGGACGCCCGCGAUGGCGGGAGUGGCGGCGCAGGCGCAGCGCGCCGUCGGCGGCGUCCCCGCAGGUGGCGGCGAGCAGGCGGCGGCAAUGCGGGCGCGCGGCGAGGUGGACACGUCGUCGCCGUUCCAGUCCGUGCGCCAGGCCGUCGACCUGUUCGGCGGCGGGGCUGCCGCCGUCUCCCAGUGGCGCCACCCGCCGCCCGUCGUCCACCUCCGCCCAGAGGAAGAAGAACUUAUGAAAGUUGAGGAACAAACAGUGAAGCUGGAGAUGGAACUUUUUGUUAAGGAAAAGGAAACAUUUAAGGUCUUGAAAGAACUACAGGAAACAAAGCAUGUUAUAGAUGCCUUGAAAGUACAAAUAGAGAAGGUAACAGCGGAGGACACAAAUGCGGCAAAAGGCCAUGCUGAUACAGGGAUCGUACAUCCACUUCCUGCUGUCGAACAAAAAACCAGUAGCCACACCGAGCCAUCAAUCCAGAGCACAAAAGGUACACAGUCCCCACUAACCACGUUGAUCAAGCUGAAUCAGGCAAAAGCAUUCCUUAACACGGACACUGUCAACAUGUUAAAGAGCCAGAUAGAGAAGGAGAAAGGGUCACUUGAGAAAACCCGCGAAAGGUUACAAUUCAACCUGGGGAAGGCUUCAUCAUUAGAAACAGAUUUGACCAAAACUGUUGCACAGCUGCAGGUAGUAAAAACUCCACAACCUGUCCUUGAGCCUUCUGAAAUCUGGUUGCAGAUGAAGCACUUGAAUGCUGAGAAAGCAAAGCACAAGAAGGUGUCAGAGGAUUUGAGGAAUGAGAUUUGUGAAUUGACAGCUGCAAUCGAGCACACAAGGUCUAAGACAAAGACUAUGCAGUUCAGAAUCGUCAUGGCUGAGAAACUAAAGGAAGCCUCCCAACGUGGAGAAUCUAUUGCUCUUGCAGAGAUGAAAAAACUGAGCAACGGGUGGGACCUGAACGCCAAUACUUCUGAUGUUACACUCUCUGUUGAGGAGCACUCUACGUUUGUGCUCAAAGCACAAGAAGCGGACAGUGCCGCUAGGAAGAAAAUUGACGCAGCAAUGCAAGAGCUAGAUCAAGCAAACCAGUGUAAGCUAGAACUCUUGGAAAGAGUAGAGGAAGCAACGGCAGCUGUCGAGACGAGCAGGAAGGCUCUGGAGGAGGCCCAGAGGAGGGAGGAAUCUGAAAACAAAGCCAAGCUAGCAGCUGAAGAGACGCUCCGAAAACUGCGGUCAGACCAAAUAAUCCAGAACUGGCGCCCGAUCAGCAACAGUUCAGUAAAAUUCAAGAACACGGCACUGGCAGCGCCCCGGCGAGCAGCAGGCUCUGGGAUAUAUGACGUGAACGGCCUGAGCCUGGUGACCACGGGGCCAAACAACGUGAAGACGGUGUCCAUCGGUCAGAUCCUGAGCAUGAAGCUGGACCGCGAGCUUGAGAUGACAAAGACCACCAACACGAGGAAGAAGGUUUCUCUCGGGCAGAUCCUGAGCCAGAAGUACGAAAUGUUCUCCCCGUUGAGGAUAGACCACGACUGCGCUUCGCGCAAGCAGUUCCAGCCGAGGAGGAAGAGGAUGGGGUUCGUCGUGUACGCGCUGCUGCUCGCGAAGCAGAGGCAUAGGAGGAGGAAGGCUGCCUCCUGCACUCACGGUGGCUUCAGCUAGUUUAGUUCGGAUGGUCAGUGCUCAGCUGCGCUGUAGUCGUUUAUAUAUUUUACAAUAAGAGAUCGGAAUAAUCGUUACAUUUGUAAUUAGUUAGUUCUAUGAACAAAGUUGGUAUUUUUAGUACUAGCUACUCCCUGUUCUGGCCACACUUGCUGUUGAAGGGUCAGACGUCAGUGCCAGUGUGCCACACUGCCAAAUGGUUUCGUAGUAUGGUCAGGAAGUACAUCAAA